GGGGGGGUGGGGGCUCGGAGGCCGAGCGCCCGCGGCUGUGGGCGAGUGUCCGUGCGGCCUGGUCCGGGCCAUGACUGCGUGAGGCCGCCGCAGCUGCCCCUGUCCCAGCCUCGGCCCAGCCCGCCGCGCACCAUGGGCUCCAUCCUGAGCCGCCGCAUCGCGGGCGUGGAGGACAUUGACAUCCAGGCGAACUCGGCCUAUCGCUACCCACCGAAGUCCGGAAACUACUUUGCCUCGCACUUUUUCAUGGGAGGUGAGAAAUUUGACACCCCCCACCCUGAAGGGUACCUCUUUGGAGAGAACAUGGAUCUGAACUUCCUGGGCAACCGCCCAGUCCAGUUUCCUUAUGUCACCCCCGCCCCCCACGAGCCAGUGAAGACGCUGAGGAGCCUGGUGAACAUCCGCAAAGACUCUCUCCGGCUCGUGAGGUACAAAGAUGGUGCCGACAGCCCCACCGAGGAUAGCGAGAAGCCCCGGAUCCUCUACAGCCUGGAGUUCACCUUUGAUGCCGAUGCCCGGGUGGCCAUCACCAUCUACUGCCAGGCGGUGGAGGAGUUCCUGAAUGGCACGGCCACGUACAGCCCCAAGAGCCCGGCCCUGCAGUCCGAGACCAUCCACUACAAGCGCGGGGUGAGCCAGCAGUUCUCCCUGCCCUCCUUCAAGAUCGACUUCUCUGAGUGGAAGGACGACGAGCUGAACUUCGACCUGGACCGGGGCGUGUUCCCAGUGGUCAUCCAGGCCGUGGUGGAUGAGGGGGACGUCGUGGAAGUGACCGGCCACGCCCACGUGCUCUUGGCUGCCUUUGAAAAGCACGUCGACGGCAGCUUCUCCGUGAAGCCUUUGAAGCAGAAGCAGAUUGUAGACCGGGUGAGCUACCUGCUCCAGGAGAUCUACGGCAUCGAGAACAAAAACAACCAGGAGACCAAGCCCUCGGACGAGGAGAACAGCGACAACAGCAACGAGUGUGUGGUGUGCCUGUCAGACCUGCGGGACACGCUGAUCCUGCCCUGCCGCCACCUGUGCCUCUGCAACUCGUGCGCGGACACGCUGCGCUACCAGGCCAGCAACUGCCCCAUCUGCCGGCUGCCUUUCCGGGCCCUGCUGCAGAUCCGGGCAGUGAGGAAGAAGCCAGGGGCCCUGUCCCCCAUCUCCUUCAGCCCCGUUUUGGCCCAGAGCAUGGACCAUGAGGAGCAUUCUUGUCCCUUUAAAAAAUCAAAGUCGCACCCCGCCUCACUGGCCAGCAAGAAACCUAAAAGGGAAACAAGCUCCGACAGCAUCCCGCCUGGCUACGAGCCCAUCUCCCUGCUCGAGGCGCUCAACGGCCUCCGGGCCGUGUCCCCGGCCGUCCCCUCGGUCCCCCUUUAUGAAGAGAUCACCUACGCGGGCGUCUCGGACGGCCUCUCCCAGGCCACCUGCCCGCUUGCUGCGAUGGAUCGGAUCAUGGAAAGUGGCCACCACAAGGGCAAGCCCCGGAGCAAGUCCCCUGACAGCACCAUGCGGUCCCCCUCGUCACCCAUCCAUGAAGAGGACGACUCGGAGGCUCUGCCCCCGCUGAGCACAGCGGGGCUGGCGCUGAGCAGUUCCCCCGAGAGCUUCCUAACGGAGGAGGUUGAUGAGACUGUGUCACUAAAGCAAGGGAGUCGAGUGCCGUCCAUCGAGAACGUCCUGCAGGAUGGCAGCCCUGAGCCUCGUGGCCGCGGCCAGUCCAGCGCCCCUGCUGACAUCUACCUGCCAGGAUGGUCCACCUCCAUGGAGACGCCCCGCAGCCUGCACACCACCGGGCCCCCCCGGCCUCUACUUGGUGGCCCCAGUCCUGACCCUGGGGCCGCCGAGCUGACCCCACUCUGAGAGCCUGGCCUGGCUGGUAGCAUGGAGCCCUUAGCUCCCCGGACUUGGCUGAGGGCCGUAGACUCCAGCGCGACCCCUGGCCUCUCCAGUCUGCACAUUCUGCGUGGUCACUGGCUGCGAGGAGCUGUGUGACCCUUGACCGAAGAGCACAGUUGACUGUUCCCUCUGACGACCCUUUUUCUACAGUCGAUGUAUUUGUAAAUGGUACAAGAUGAAGGACAGUGGCUUUCUGUCCUGGGCGCUGAGCUCUGGGUCCUUCCCAAUGCCCCGGGGCCGGGCACCCUUGUGCAGCCUCACCCAGCCCCCGAGCCAUGGGGGCCGACGCCUGGGAACUGAGCGACAGGCUGGAGAAGAGGAGUUCCUGGGCGGUGAGGUGCUGCCUUAACGGGGACGCGAGGGGCCCCUGGAAGGAGAGGAGGUGGGGUCUGAGUCUCAGGCCGGGAAGGAGACUUCCCCUGCCCUCCCCGUGCACAGCUUGGCGCGGCUAGGCCAGGUCUGGGUCUGGGCGUGGGCUGUGUGGUGCCUGAGAGCCCUUCCCAGCGGCAGCUUUGCCCGCGGCACCAGACCCUCUGGGCCGGGGCUCUGCUCGGCGAGUGGCACACUGUCACCUGCUCUGGAAGGCGCUGGUGGCUUCUCUGCUCCCUCUGCCAUAGAUGGCACUGAGCAUUUGCUUUGAUUUGUUCCCGUCUGGGGCUCCUGUGGCGGGAUGUCCCUGGGGUCGAGGGCCCCAUGUGAGGUGACCUUGCCUUCUCUUAAAGACAAACUUGCGGGCAACAGAAAGGCAGACGGCGUGCUUGGCCCUGGUGCCCCUGGAUGAGAACUGCCCCAGUGGGACCUUAGCCUGGCGGUAGCAGGUCUGCACUCCCCGUGCCAGCGCUUUCCUAGCAGGUGGGAAGGACGGUGCUGGGCAGCCGACCACACAGCCUGAGGCUCUGCUGAGCGGGGCGCUUGGAGUGGGCGCCUCCUUCUCUCUCCAGUUAAGCCUAUGAACAGAGGCCACGCUGCAGGCGCCCUGCCUCCCUUCCUGCCCGCCGUGUGCUCGUGGGUGCACGGAUGCCAGUGUGCACACACACGCACAUGACCGUCUCCCUCUCCUCACCCCUCUCCUCUCACUGGCCAACACCCCCGCCUCUCACCAUUGGUUUUGGGGCCAGUAACUGAAGGACGGGGUGCAGACUGGCCUGUCUUGGACUUAACAUGUGCUACCAUUUGAUGUACUCUGAUUGACUAGUUUUUGUUCGUUUUUACUGUAUAUUUAUAGUAAUAAAAUCAUGCAGCAAUA